AAGACGGCGCUGCAGGUCAUGAUGUUUGGCAGCCCUGUUAUCGCCCUGGAGUUGCUAAAACAAGGGGCCAGCCCCAAUGUCCAGGACGCCUCUGGUACCAGCCCGAUCCAUGACGCAGCCCGCACGGGAUUCCUGGACACCCUGAAGGUCCUAGUGGAUCACGGCGCCGAUGUCAACGUCCCUGAUGGCUCUGGGGCUCUCCCCAUCCACCUGGCCAUUCAGGAGGGCCACACCGCAGUGGUCAACUUCCUGGCAGCUGAAUCCGAUCUCCAUCACAAAGACGCCAGGGGGCUCACCCCCCUGGAGCUGGCGCGGCAGAGGGGGUCUCAGGACCUCAUGGACAUCCUGCAGGGCCACAAGGUGGCCCCUCUGUGACCCGAGGCCACCCUCUGGGGUUACUUAUCAGAAGAGGAAGAAAGAAACACUUUCUCUCCUCGCUCCUUGGCGAAUGGGCGGAGGAGUACCAUUUGUGGCUUAUUGGUGUUGAUUUCUGGGGUGCGUGUGUUUGGGGGACGUUUCUCAUUUGUUUUUCUCACCCCUUUUGGUGUGUUGGACAGAGGAGGGCUCCGCAGGCAGCAGCCACCGAAACGGUUCAAUUUUCUCUGUGCCCUGGGAUGCUGGGGCCACAGACUAGACCCAAGGGCAGGUCGUUUAAAGCCCCAGCCCGAGUGAGGUCAUCGCCGCCUCCGGGACUCCUGGAACCUGGCGACCUUGGCCGGCUGUGCUGGGAGAGAGCCGAAGUGUGCGCACUUGCUUCGGGCAGGGAGGGAGGGGGGAGCGAUCUAAAUCCAUAACAGGGUAGCCUGAGUUCAUUCCUAUUUUGUUGGAAGCUUGUUUUCCAGUCUCUUGUACAGCGUUGAAAACAACAACACAUAGAUUCUAUUUAUUGAGCUUUAUGGAAAAAAAGUGUGUGAUAAUUUAACGUUUUUACCCAUUAAAUUAAGACUUGUGCGUGAUCA